CCCGGGGCCGCCCCGCCGGAGCGGUGUGUACGCUUCCGGUCGUCCUCCAGAAUUCUGAGGCUCCCUCCGGAUGAGAAGUGAACUGGCCACGCAGCCAGGAAACCCGGGGCUACAGCACCAAGGCGGUCCAUGGCUCGAGUUCUUAUCAAAUAUAUGUCCUGACUCUCAAACUAAAUAGAAAGCUCCAGGAAGGAAUGAUGGAUGAAACUCGACAUAUAGUAGCUGAUAGAUAAACCGUACCAAAGAGGAGAAAGAAUUCCAUGAAGACACCGUUAACCUAAAUAAUGGUAUUUGAUUUCACAGAGUAAAUUCUCUUUGGGAAGAAACUUACAGAUAUCCAAAAAUGCUUGAGAUUCAACAGGCUGAGGCCCAGCUCUCCGAGUUAGACCUGCUAGCCAGUAUGUUCCCUGGUGAGAGUGAGUUCAUAGUGAAUGACCAGCUGGCUUUAGCAGAACUGAAAGAUUGUGUUGAAAAGAGCACAAUGGAGGGGCGAUCUUCAAAAGUUUACUUUACUAUCAAUAUGAACCUGCACAUAUCUGAGGAAGCAAUGGCGAUGUUUUCUCUGGCCUGUAUUCUUCCCUUUAAAUACCCUGCAGUUCUGCCUGAAAUUACUGUCAGAUCAGUAGUAUUAAGUAGAUCCCAGCAGACUCAGCUGAACACAGAUCUGACCACAUACCUGCAAAAGAAUUGUCUUGGAGACGUCUGUAUAUUGAAUGCCACAGACUGGGUUAGAGAACGUGCCUCUGGCUAUGUCAGCAGAGACACCACCCCUUCCCUUGCUCCAGGAAGUACAAUCCAGCCGAUCGAUCUCAUUCUCACGAGACUCUGGAUCUAUAGCCAUCACAUCUACAACAAAUGCAAAAGAAAGGAUAUUCUAGAGUGGGCGAAGGAGCUUUCCCUGUCUGGGUUCAGCAUGCCUGGGAAACCUGGUGUUGUUUGUGUGGAAGGCCCGCAAAGUGCUUGUGAAGAAUUCUGGUCAAGACUCAGAAAAUUAAACUGGAAGAGAAUUUUGAUUCGCCAUCGAGAAGAUAUUCCCUUUGAUGGUACAAAUGAUGAAAUGGAAAGACAAAGAAAAUUUUCAGUUUUUGAAGAAAAAGUGUUCAGUGUUAAUGGAGCCAGAGGAAACCACAUGGACUUUGGUCAACUGUAUCAGUUUUUAAAUGCCAAGGGAUGUGGGGAUGUUUUCCAGAUGCUCUUCGGGGUAGAAGGACAAUGACUGAGCAGUGGCAUAGUUGAAAGUAUUUUGUCACUGUUGGCCUUUGAUUUUUUUUCCCCCCACUCUUUCUUGAAAGAUUAAUUAAUUUUACUUUAGUCCCAUGCUAGAAUAUUGGGGGAGGGGGGAGAAAAGGUGGUAUAGCUGAAAUGCAUCUGUUCAAAAUAUGUCAUGAUUGAAAACAACUGAAUUUUAAAUUAUAAUCUUAAAAUUGUUGU